UGUAUAUACGUCAUAGAAUACUUUACUUCCGGUCGGCUUCCAUAUGCGAACAGUUAUGUCAUAUCGCCUCGCUUCUAUUUUUCUGAUAAGUCACUAAUGAACUUCAGAAAAGAUGUCGUCCGACUUAACAUUAGACCUCGAAGACCAUCAACGUUGUUUUGUGAUGAGCAGCGAGGGACCGGGCUUUUCCAUCGACCAGGGAGGCGAGUGGGACAUCAGUCUUUUUGAUGAGCUGGACACCCUGGGGGAUGCAGAAGAUUUGCUCAACGCUCUCGAGAAUGCAGACUAUACCAGUGAGGUUCCACACCUUGACUUUGAUAUUGCCAUACCUCCAUGGACUGAAGGGUACACAAGCAGCACCUGCACAGAUGGUGAGGUGAGCGUGCACUCUCUGUCACCUGCUCACACUGUGAGCUCUCUGUCCUCCCCCACAGCUGUGGAAGCACUGUCGCCAUACUCCUUACACGAUGAGGCCCUGUCUCCACAGUCACAGGCUUCGCCAGUGUCUGUCUGCUCCGAGUCCAGUGGCUUUUCAGAAAUCCUUUCCCUGGCAAAGAAAGACACCAAGAGAGGUAGCCAGACCACAAGAGCUAAACCAGCACAACCAGUCAAGAGGCCCAUUCAGAUGACCUCCAAAGUGUCCAUCCAGCCCAAACCAGUGAUUGCAGCUGUACCCUUGGCUCAUGCAGCUGCCUCUCUACACCCCAAGACCAUCAUCAUCCAGCCCCUGCAGACCACGGUUCUGCCCGUGGUCAAACAAACUCCAAUCAGCAUCCAGCCAGCACCCUCUCCAGGUCAGCCAGUCAUGCUUUCUCAACCAAGUCAGUUGCUACAAAUCAAGACCCCCCAGGCUAUCACUGGCAGCAUGGUUACCAUGCCAUCCCUGGGCCAGGACAGGCCUGUCGCUGCUCCACCCGUGGUCUCCGUCACACUUCGAAGCCCUUCUCCGGAUGAUGAUUCGAAGUUGUCCCAAAGGCAGCAGCGCAUGAUCAAGAACCGCGAGUCAGCGUCCCUAUCUCGGAAAAAGAAGAAAGAGUAUUUGCUCUCGUUGGAGGCCCGUUUGAAAGUGGCUCUGACUGAGAACGCAGUGCUGAAGAAUGAGAACGGCAACCUCAGGAAGCAACUGGAAGGCCUGCUGAGUGAGAAUUCAGUGCUGAAGUCAACGGCUCCCAAGAGGCGAGCGGUGUGUCUCAUGGUGGUCUUGGUCUUCUUAGUGCUGAAUGUUGGACCAAUAAGUCAGCUUCAGGGCAACACAGACUCCGGGCUGGAGGUUGUAUCAGUGCAGCACAGCAGACACUUGUUGGGUUUCUCCACAGAAAUGGACCCCAAGCCCCAUGGAAGUGGCUCUGCCAAGGUGGCCGACAGCUCUGAGGACAAGGCCCUGAUGGUGGUGAGGGAGCUGAACUUUCUCCGGCCAACGCCGCCCUGCCAGCCUCCUGUUAAUCAGACAAAGUGUAUUGAAUUGGCCCAUGAGUUGAGGGGGUGGGUCCACCGUCAUGAAGUGCAACUGACCAAGUCCAGACGCACGAGUAACAAUCACCUCAAGCCCUCCAGGACCAUUCUGAAAACAGAAAAUAAGGAUGCGGAGAGCUCCCAGAUUGUGACCGUUCGAUACACAAAAACAGCAGACGACAAGACUCCCGGAAAGGAGCUGCAGGUGUACUACGCACCCCAUCACACGUACAAUGACUUCUUUGAUGAGAUCAACCGACGAGGUGACACUUUCUACGUCGUGUCUUUCCGCAGGGAUCAUCUGCUACUUCCUGCCACCAGCCACAAUAAAGGAAGUCGCCCAAAGAUGUCUGUGGUUUUGCCGGCCAUGAAUAUAAACGGCUUCUCCUCUCAGCUGCAUUUAGAAGAGCUGCAACGUGGCUGCACAGCCAUCGUCCAAACCACGUCCAGGCAUGCAGGCCCAAAGAUAAAGAAAUGCUUUCUCAAUGUUGUGAUUUCCUUUUGGCUUUGGCUCUUCAUAUCUUGUACUAGAAAUAAUUUAUACAAGUGCCAGGCCUGACAUGUUUAUAGAGUAAUGAUACUCGUAAAAGAAAUAGAAAGGCAAUAAGAAAGGAAUAGAAAUUCCAAAACUGUGUGAGACAGUUUCCUUUGUACCCCAUGCCUCCCUCCGUUUAAUGUUUGACAAAACAUCAGUCCUCUAGACUUUGCCAUGGCUCGGCCAAACCCAUGCAGUUUUGUGCCAGUCUUUCCUAAUGGUGCUGCCAACAGCAAAUUAUGUGACAGCUUGAUUUUGUGGUACCUACAGUCAUGACUGUAAAUUACGUUUGGGUUACCUCUAUGGGUUAUGGUCAAAAUGCUUUGUAAGACAUGCUCAUAUGUAGUACAGAUAUCCUCACAGGUUGUAUAAGUCAUUCAAAGAAUGGCCAGUGAAAUUUUAAGUCAAUCUCUAUUAUGGAUGUCAAUGGGUCAAGGGUUGCAUGUUUUGACUGUUUACAGCAGUUGAGAACUAGAAUUACAUAGAUUACACAUAUCUACGAUACUGUGCUCUUCCUGUCUCUACACUCUUUCUAUUGGCCGGUACUACAUGAUAGUGAUUAGUCCAGCACAGGGGUUCUCAAUUACUUUCCGUCAUGCAUAUUUUCAUUCCCACCCCACUAUUAGAGAAGCACCGGUCUAGCAGAUUGCAGCAUCAUUGCAUACAUGGCUAGAAGUGGGAAAAAUAAUACACGUAUUGUUGAUGUGCCGUAAAUGUGGACCCUGCAGUAAGUAUCCUCAGUCAACAUUAUGCACCAUACUGCAGUGACCCGCAGUCUCUGUGUCCAAAUAAUGCAUACCGCCCAGCAUGGGACUGUUUUGAUGUGAUGGCUAUCUAUUAGUGUUAAGUUGCAAGCUCACAGAGCUGAUCUGAGCUAGCAUGGAAGAUCUGGGCUAUCUCUAAUAACUAUUUGGAUGGAUACUUAUUUUUUUAAAGCUUAUUCCAAAGACAGGGUACACCCCAAUGGUGCGUCGGUUACACUUAGGUCACCAUUUGGCUCUCACCCUUCUAUUGAAUCACUCACAUGUUUAGUUUCUGUGAGUUCAUCAAGUCGUUCUCCAAGAUGUUCCGCGUCAUCAUUUCCAAAUCUUGUCAAUGAAGAGUUCUUUGAAAGACAGUAGGCAUUUCUGUUCAAAUACUAUACCAGAAUGUAUAUUAUAGGCAGUUGUGGUUGUUUUUGUUGGCUGUCAGAUACAACACAUGCGAUUGCUUUUCUCUUGUCUGUCUCUGUGGUAGGUGGCCAACAGCAUAUUGACACCAACUGAAAGUAAUUAAUUAUAUAAUAUGAGCUCCAAUGCAAUGAAGACAAGCCCAUUGGGAAAUGACUUUUUCCCUACUUUUUGUGAGCAAAGGGUGUGUUCAGUAUGAAGAUUGAUGAAGGUAAACAUUGUUUUUCGGUCAGUCUUGUCAUAGAGUAAUGUUAAGGUCUGUGUCAGUCACAUGGUCCAUUGCAACAGCAGUAAACCGUGAAAUCCUAGACCUCCUUCUCUGCUAAUGGUUGAAAUCAAGGCCCAAACAAAGGUGCUAUUCAGGAUGAGCUAGGAGGGCAAAUCGAUUUGCACAUUUUGUCAUGCCUGCAGUCUGCAGUCCAAGACGUCGCAAGCUUUUUGUGCUCUCCCAAUGAUCUCUGAUUACGGAUGUUAGCCUCUCAUUGGCGAGGAUGUUGACACCGGGUUUAAGUUAGCACACAGAUGCAAGCUCAGCAUUCUUCUGUUCCAGAUGCCACAAGGCUAGCGACCAAAAAGGGUGAUGGAGAGUCUGUGGUAUGGACCCACCUCUUUGUCUCCAUUUAAGUUGCAACUUCCAAGUGAUUCAAUGCAAAUGGCGAGCGACGCUGUCCUCUCAUUGGAGCGUGAUUAUUCCACGGUGGAGGAUAAUUCUUUCCAGCUCUCUCUUGAGGAAUGCCUUUCCCGUCCAGUCACUAAAUGGCUUGCAUCUGGGGGUGGACAACCUCUGUUAAUGUGAUUGUUUGCUUAAUAACUGAACAAGACUGUGACUUUGAUGCAAACAGAUUCUUGGUAAAGAUACUUGACCCUUUGGCAUUUUCCUGGAAUUGUAUAGUGUAUGAGUAGUGGCUCCUUUUAAGGAUUGAGGGGUUUGUGUAUGUGUUUAUUUAAUGAGCCAUAGAGUUUGAAAGUAGCUCAAUCAAGUGAAAGUGACAUGUUUGGAGGAAGAGGAAUGUUUUGUGGAUGACAUCAUUUACAGGUGGAUAGACCGUGGGAGACACACUUCAGUUACUCCUGAAGACAUGUGCUGUUCAGCUAACCAGCAGCAGCCACAGCGGGUUCAAGGCAGAGCGCUGCACCACUGAUGAGAUUGGAUUCAGAUUUUCCUACUGCUGUAAUCUAAACAGUGCCCCUAUUAGCGUUCUGAAGUAAAUUGCCUCUCAGCACAACCUGAGAUGAGGCUGCUGCAAACGUCUCUUCUCGACGCAGUGCGCCUGCCAGUUUGAGUUUGUCAGCAUGUCACCAAUGCAAAAACAUUUGCUAUACACCAUGACUUUCUACAGCCUGCGUAAUGUCCACAAUGCAAGUGUGACAUCAUUCUAUUGUAUACUAAUAGGACAGUAAAAUACAUAGAAAUGUAAUACGGGAGGCACUUGCGGUACUCACUUCAUCCUGAAGGGGUGGGGGCGUACAUGAGCUGGUAGGUGCUUGCCGCUGCCGUCCUUUCAUAGAGAAGAAAAUCCAGCGGUUUCAUUUGUUACAAGUCAAAUGCAUAAAUGCAUUCAAGAUAUUAUUAUGCUCGGCUGAAUUAAUGAAUGAAUUUGAAUGCCAAGAUAGAUAAUUAUAUACAAGCUCAACAGUAGGUGAUCAGACUUUUACAACAAAGUAUCAGAAUGUUUUCUGGAGAAGGAUAGGCUGCGUCAUAUUCAAUUAAGAGCUAAGGCCAAGUAUUUGAAAACAAAUUGAUUUUCUUGACCAAAGUGAAUUGUUAUUUUUUUCUUUUUCUUGCUAUCCCUUUAAUGAACAAAAAAAACAUCCAAAGGAGUCAGUACAUCACCAGCUAUGAAGCUCACCCUACAUCACUGCGUGCAAUAUGUAAUAAUAAUAAUAAUAUGUAAUAAUUUUUUUUAAAUGCCAUAGCUACAAUUGGAAGAAGUUUAAUUAAUUAACAGGCGCUCUAACAUAGACUUUCUUUAUUGUCAUUGCACAAUAACACAGCAGUGAAAUUGCCAACAAAAUGUCGUUGCCUGGCUCCUGUGUAAUAAUAAAUAAUAAUGUGGAGAAUAAAUAGAUGACAUCAAAUAUGAACAAUGUACAGCAUAAACAGUAAUUUGUACAAAUAAUUUAAAUAAUUAAGAAUAAAUAACAAUAAUUUAAAGUUGUGGUUGUGCGUGUGGGCAGGUAGAGGGGCUUAUUUGUCAUUCAGCAGUCUGAUGGCCAGGGGGAAGUAGCUGUCUCUAAACCUGGUUGUUCUACAGCGGUCGGCGUUGAAGAAGUCGUGAAGGAAAAACAUCCUUUCUCAUGGACAUGAUAGAGAUUCUGACCACUCCCACACCACUCCCUGUUUAUGUGAUGACUAUUAUGUUGGACAAGUUUAUACAGUGUAUAUGCAAAAAGUGGAUAAAGUGGAGAUACACACACAGAACAGGCAUGAACAAGCCAAGCUCAUUAACAUUAAAGCUACAGACACACGAACGGGUAUGUUCCAAGUAGGGCUUAGUAUAAGCACUUUUAAACAACCUUAAUUUCAGCAUUAAGGCUAGAUUUUGGCUAACACACGCCCAAGACACUAUUGUGGGACCUCUUGACUUGUUUUUAACAUUGUUGGAAAAUACUAUAAUCUAGGCCCUUUAAAGCUGAUGGAAGAAUAACCUUUUGACAGGGUUAACAACUUGAAAAUCAUUCGGAUCAGUCCUCCCUUAUGACCCAGACAUGAAGCUGGAGUCGUCUCCAAGCUGUUUAAAAGCUGAAAUAUUUUUCCAACCACCUGUGCAACACAUCAAACUCCUCGGCAUCGCAGAAUCUCCACAGGUUUCUACACAAAAGGGGGAACACGAGGAAGGUACAGACAAUAUGGUAGCUCCCUCUGCGACCGGAAGAUUCCAAAGGGUGUUCAUGUCAUUAGUUGUCCAUCUUGAGCAUGACCUCAUCUACUGCUGAACUUCUUCCUUUGAACUGGCAGUAAAACACACAAAGCAGACCUCAGGUUGGAUUUUUAAGUCUCGGUUACUUAUUUCAGAACGCAUUCCACACAAGUCAGAAGAUGACACGUACACUUGAAGUUAAUGUCUUUUAAUUCUGACUGCUGCCAUUUUUUGAAAUAUACACUGUAUCCCUGCACUUUUUGAACCUAAUAGAUGACAUUUAUCACAUACAACAACUUAACAUUAAGCAGUGGCACAGGACACAUACGUUAACUAGCAUGUUAUCUAGCUAUGUGAGCUAAUGUUACACUCACAUUUUGCCAACUUUGCAAGGUUAGCCUACCCGCUGAGGAAAAACAAAAUGAUGAAACUUACAACUCCCACGUCUGGAGCUGAUGGAUAGUUGGCAGAGCUCCAGGCUGCAUUUUAAGAUGUGUAGCGAAGCCUGAUUUGAAAAGCAACUUCAAAAGCCACCAUUUGAACGCUUCUGAAACAAAGAAGUGAGGCAGAUGAUGAGAUUUUUUCUUAUGCUUAUGCUUACACAGGCCCUCGGGAUACACAUUAAACAGUCAUACAUACAUACAUCAUUAAACAGUCGCUUUUGGAUAACAUAGGGUCUUUAAGACCUUCAGACAUGGUUUUUGUUCCUUCAAUCCACUCAUCCAUCUUCUAUGCCGCUUAUCAUCAUGAGGGUCGCGGGCGUGCUGGUGCCUAUCCCGGCUGUCUUCAGGCGAGAAGUGAGGUAUACCCUGGGCUGGUCAUCAGACAAUCACAGGGCACAUAUAGACAAACAACCAUUCACACUCCCAUUCAUACCUAUGGACAAGUUGGAGUCGCCAAUUAGCCUAGCAUGUUUUUGGAAUGUGGGAGGAAACCGGAGUAACCGGAGAAAACCGGAGAACAUGCAAACUCUACACCGAGCGGAGAAUCAAACCCAGGUCUUCCCGAUCACCUGACUGAGUGGCCUACAUGCUCACCACUCGUCUACCAUGCGGCCCUACUUUGUAAUGUACCUUGUCAUAUUGAGCCUUUUUGCAAUCUACUGAGGCCCACUCUAACAUUAAUAUAAACCUUUCAGCUACUUAAUAGAUUUCCCCUUUUGGAAAGAAUUUUACAAGCCGUGUCCACCUUAAAGGAUGUUUGUCUCUAAAGUCAGAAAAGCACAUGCUUGUCUCAAGUUUCAAGAUGGCUCAGGUAAGUCACGGUCUCACGGCAAAAUUUAUCUUCUCUCCUAAACCCACAAGAGACCCCUUUCUCUCACUCUCUUACUGGGGGUUUCUUCCUAAAUAUAUGUCUUGGGAGAUGUUUGGUCUACAAGGGGAGAAAUUCAACGUGAAUCACCUCCAGCUGCUUCUCAGCAGUCCUCUAUUGCACUUUGCAUGUUACUAGACAAUGCAUGUUGUGCCUGGGUACUGAUGAGAGGUGGAUUAUUAAUGAUAACUGCUACAGAAUAGAAAUAUCAGUGUUUUUUCUCACUCAUGAACAACGGUAUGCAGGGCAGUACGCUUCGUAACUCUGCUUCAUAGCACACCGCAUGUGCAGAUAAGAAAUAAGAUGUAGCAGAAUAUUAUAUUUAGCGACUAGGAGUGAGGAUUGAUUAAAAGUGAAAGAUGGGAAGUGCUUCAUGCAUCAUGCAUUCAUUCAAUAAUUAAAUAAUAAUAAAUACUAGCGUCGCAAAAGGCGAAGGGUUCCACCUUUGAGCGUGCAGCUGCAAUUCAGGUCUGAAAGCGUGCAUAAACUCACCACAAUGCAACCCAACCCCUGACCAGCUACAGUGCCAAGAAGGCAGAGCUUGGAGACAUUCCUCAGUCGCCAGGCAACACCUUACCUUCCCAGGGAAGCACGCAAACCAGAGGUGUGCCUCCCCAUUUCAGAAACAAAAUUUUAAAAAAACUGCAAAAAUUGUACAAUUGAGCAAAAAGGAAUAAUGUAACUAUGGAAAUCUGAACAGUUGAUACUAUUGGCAACCAGUCCAUGUUGUACGCCGUCACUGCCCAAAGACAGCUGGAAUAGGCCCGCUAUCCUAGUGAGGACCAGCUGUGCGGAAAAUGGAUGGAUGGAUAGAUGUUGAUGCUAAUAAUUCAGCAGCAGCAUUGUUAGUUUAAUCUGCUCUUCACCCAAAUAAGGAACUUUACUACAAAUGAAAUAGACACUUCUUAAAUUCCUACUAUUGUACUUGUCUGCAGUAUUUUUUAGUUUUCUAAAAAAUAAGUCGUGUGAUGGCAAAGUAGAUGAUGUAACUCACUGACCCCAGAAGUUUGUGUUUUGUUUUUUGCUGCAAUAGUCAGAAUUUUUCCAUGUAGAUGUCUUGAAAAGGUCUUUACUUUUUCAUCCAUACACCACUUAUCCUCAUCGGGGUCGUGGGGGCUAUGCUGUAGCCGAGGUCUCUACUACAAAAUUGAAAUUGUGGCAGUACCCUGAAUAUGCUGUAACUUAUGGCUGGAAAUUACAUUUAUGUUACCCCCUAGCACUUUCCUAAUGCUUUGUUGGCAUACUGUACAUGGAAUACAGAUGGUCAAUGAAUGGUCAAUUAAUUAUGGCUAGUUGACAAGUCUCGCCCAUGUCCCUGUGUUUGGAUUGAAGGCCGCCAGGUUGUUGAGUGUUGAGAAAUUUCAAGUCAAUCCGGCUUCCGUAGUCAAAACUUGUGUGGGGUAUUUCUCAUUUCUCAGAAAAAAUAAUUGUUGCAGGGUUAGGGUUUAAAAGAGUUAGCUUACACAAACAAAAUACAGGAGAUCCUCGGUGUACAUAUUAGUUUCAUAAAUACGACAGCACUUCUUACUUUUAUCCCUGUGGCCAUUGCAAGUGAGUGAAGAGGAAGUCUCAAUAAAGAGACCACUACGCUGCUUAUUCAUCUUUCUUUUGUUCAUUAGCAUCCGUCAAUAGCUUUGUAACUAACAGUCUUUAUCUG